UCCUCCUCGCUUUAAUGAAGCUUAACUCCCCGAACAAGAGCAGGCAGAGCAGCGGCACGGCGCAGGUUCUCGGCGGACCCCGCGGCCCGCAGCAGGACGGGGCCGCCCUGGGCGGGAGGUGGCCGUGUUGUCAGGGCAACGGCCCGAGGCGGCGGAUCGGGUUCUGUCCUCCCGCGCUGAAUAUUUCAGCGUGCCGGAGCUGGGAGAGGAGGGUGCCGCGGAGGGGAACCCGGAGCGAAGGGCUGCGAUCUGGCUGGAGCGAGUUAAAGGAGCGGCAGAACCGGUGUGCCUUUAACUGGGGCUUUUUCCCGAAGAGCCUCUCCGCGCCGAGUGGAUGCUGCGUCGGUCAGCUGUUUGCGUCCCGCUUAUCCAUAGGGGAUCUGCUACCGGCGCUCAAAUGAGCAGGCGGCGUCGCAGCUAGCUGCUGUGCAGCGGCUGCCGGUGCUCGCCCUGUUUUUAUUUUAUUUUUUAUUUUUUUAAAUAAGAAGGAGACGACAACAGCAUGCCCGGCGCGACUACUGUCCUCCGUCAAGAGAGGCUGAAGAAGACAAGUGCCAGGCCCAGCCCUCUGGGUUUGUUCACCAUCACCGAAGAGGAUGAGCAGCAAAAGAACGGCAAUUCCAAAAGACCGAGAGCAGCUGAAGGUUCUAAAGUACAAGACAAGAAAGUCACUUCAGGACAAAGCAACACCGGAACUAAACCAGACCACCCACCAAUACUGAAGGUUGAUGACAGGCAACGGCUUGCUAGAGAAAGGAGAGAAGAACGAGAAAAACAACUAGCUGCAAGAGAAACCGUCUGGUUAGAAAGAGAAGAGAGAGCACGGCAGCAUUAUGAAAAACACCUAGAGGAGCGCAAAAAGAAGCUAGAAGAACAACGACUAAAGGAAGAGAGAAGACGAGCUGCUGUAGAAGAAAAGCGAAGGCAAAGAAUAGAAGAAGAUAAGGAACGACAUGAAGCUGUUGUACGUCGCACAAUUGAAAGAAGCCAGAAGCCAAAACAAAAGCAAAACAGGUGGUCCUGGGGAGGAGCGCUACAUAGCCGCAUUAAUAACACAGAUCCAGACAGGCGAUCUGUUUCAACAAUGAACCUUUCGAAACAUGUUGAUCCAGUCAUUAACAAGCGGCUCUCCUCCUCAUCUGCAACAUUACUAAAUUCUUCAGACAGAGCUCGCCGUCUGCAGCUCAGUCCAUGGGAGAGCAACAUCGUUAGCAGGCUCCUGACGCCCACACACUCAUUCCUGGCCAGAAGUAAAAGCACAGCUGCAUUGUCUGGAGAUGCAGUUAUCCCCAUUUGUCCCCGUUCAGCAUCUUGCAGCCCCAUCAGCCCCCUGUCCUACAAGACCAUGAGCUGUAGGAAUUCAGCAGACCGAGCAAAACUUUUUGCAUCUACUGAUGCUGUUGGACGUAGAAGAACGCAUCUGGCAGGGACUGACAAAAAAGAAAAGGAGAGAGACCAUUUGUCAUCCAACUUCUCAGCCAACUUGAAAGGAGGUCAUUUUUCUUCCAAUCCCAAAGCUAGAUCUCCAGCUCCCUCUCCAGUUUGGCAUGCAUCAAAGUCUUUGCCUUCUUUGGCUGGCACGCUCAAGCAGAUAACUUCCCCACCUGGUUCCUCCAAAGUUCCUUCUACUCAGGCACGUCCUCCUUCUCCUGGCAACAUCCGGCCUGUAAAAAAAGAUAUCAAACCUGAGAAUGAAAAGAAAAGACCAGAAAAGGAGGCUGAAAAGACCAACGAGGAGAGGACAGAAGAGAGUAAAGAAGCAUCAGCAGGUGCUGGAGAGUUUACAAAUCAGGAAGAGCUUGCUGUCCAUGAAGACGUUGCUCAAGCAGCCAGCCCAUCCCUACCUCCUGCUCCCCCAGCACUUUCUCCACCCCCAGCCCCUGUGAAGACCUCUGCAGGUACAACAGAUCCUGAGGAAGCAACAAGGCUGCUGUCAGAGAAGAGGCGCCUCGCUCGUGAGCAGCGGGAACGAGAGGAGCAAGAAAGGAGGGAGAGAGAAGAGUUUGAAAGGCAAAAGAAGGAAGAGCUGUCCCAGAGGAUAGCUGAAGAAAGAGCUCGCCGAGAAGAAGAAGCUCGCAGACAGGAAGAUGAAAAAAAAAGAAAAGAUGCAGAGGAGGAGAGGGAAAAGGAAGAACGGCUGCGUCGACAGGCAGAAGAGAGAGAACAGAAGGAGAGAGAAGAGAUGGAGCGCAUUCAGAAACAAAAAGAAGAGGAAGCUCGCCUACGGGAAGAGGCAGAGAGGAUUCGAUUAGAACGUGAAAAGCAUUUCCAAAGAGAAGAGCAAGAGCGCUUGGAAAGGAAGAAGAGACUUGAGGAGAUCAUGAAGAGAACUAGGCGUGUAGAAGCUGUAGAUAAGAAACCCAAUGACCAGCAGAAUGGACAUAUAUCAAAGGCAAAUAAUUCUGGAGAAGCAGUCAUAACCAGUCCUACAUCUCCCAUGGAACCUUCAGGAGGACCUCAGCUUCAGCAUGCAACACAAUCUCCAAACAGCGGGAAACCCGUAUCCUGCACACACAUGAUUGUUUCACAUCAACCCCCCAUAACUAUGGACAGCAAUCUCAACCCAGAGAAAAAUACAGAGGAAAAUGGAAUGUCUGUGCAGAAUGAUAACUUCGAAGAGAUCAUAAAUCUACCUAUUGGUUCUAAACCAUCCCGCCUGGAUGCCCUGAACAACGAUGGAAGCGACAGUCCCGGAAUUCCUCUGAAUCCAAUUUUAGCUUUUGAAGAUAAGGGGACUCUUUUGCCUCAGGUAGACAGUGUUCAAACACAUCAAACAGCAGAAGUGAUCUGAUUAUUUCUUCUGAAGAACCAAAGGUGACAAAAACGUCUCUGCAGUCAGUGGGAGUUUCUUCCAUGCAAUGAAGGAGUGUUUUAUUUUUCUCUCCAGGUUUUUUAAAGAUUUCUUGAACAUCUUUU